UGUUAGGGUAGUUGCCACCGUUGUCGAGCAACGCCUCGGGUCGCUGACAAUGAAGACAGGUCGCUGCUGAACCAAUAUGGGAAAUCUAUGCGGGAAGCCUGACAACAGCUCACCCAAAGCAUCAGUUCCCGUACCACCAACCGUUGCUCAAUCCGCUCCUGCUCCGGUCCCUAAGACGCCAGACGUAAGCCCAGCGACUACCCUUCCGACGCCCGCCCCAGCUAAGCCAGCGCCGCCACCGCAGCAGCAAGUCCCACCGCCGAAAGUUGUGGAGGCUAUUCCAGCAGUUGCUGACGAUAAGUCUCCAGGAAGGCGACGCUCUCAGGACCACGAUAACGGGGUCAAGCACGAGGAGAUUGAACUAAUUAAGCAGAAGUCGGCAGAGCCCAUGCCACCAGUUGGAACUGUACCUCCGGCUCCAAGCCCCAGGGCUGUGGUGGAGCCGGCAGCGGAGCGCGCGUCACCAAAGGUGCCAGCCCAACCUGCAUCGAGUGGGCCGUUGCCCUCGCCACCUAGUGCUUCGGCAGCGCAAUCUCGGCCGGGGUCCAAGCUGCGAACGGACGUGAAGCUCCGUGAUGUUUAUAAACUAGGAAAAACUCUGGGUACCGGAGGUUUCUCCGUCGUCAAGCUUGCUUCCGAUCGCUUUACCGGCGUUGAAUACGCAUGCAAGAUUAUGGCGCUGCCUCCUGUCGGCCAGGAGGUCGGGGAGAAUGAGAAUACUCGUGAGGAUAUUUUCAAGGAGAUCGACCUUCUGUGCGGUAUGAACCAUGAAAACGUUAUUUUCCUGAAAGAGUAUUUCGAGGAGGGCAACAAGGUGUACCUGAUCACCGAGCUCCUGACUGGUGGCGAGCUGCUGGAGGCUGUCCUCAAGCGGGGGAGUUACACGGAAGCGGAGGCGCGGUUGUGCUUCGUUCAGGUCCUCCGUGGUAUUGAAUAUCUACACAGCAAGAACGUGGUGCACCGCGACCUGAAACUAGAGAAUCUUUUGUUAGCGAAGCAGGACGACAUCAGCCUGGUGAAAAUUGCAGACUUCGGGCUUGCAAAGCAUGCAGUGAAUGGAAUGCAAACGAUCUGCGGCACGCCGCAGUAUGUGGCGCCAGAGGUGAUUGUGGGCGCCAAGGGACACGUGUACGGCCCAGGUGUGGACAUGUGGAGCGCUGGCGUCGUCCUUUACAUCCUGCUUGGAGGUUAUCCGCCCUUCUGGAGUGACAGCGAGCCACAGCUGUUCGAUAUGAUCCGCAAGGGCAAGUACAGCUUCGGAGACCCGGUUUGGAACAAGGUGUCGGAAAGCGCCAAGGAUUUGAUUCGGAAGCUGCUUGUGGUUGACCCCACGAAGCGACUCACUGCCACGGAGGCCCUGCAGCACCAAUUCAUUCUCGAAGGCAAUUUCAACCCACCGUCAACGCCGAAAGGGCCACGAUGAAUGCACAAUAGGAGCAGGAGCACGGACACCAAAAUUCACGGAGCACGGGUCCUGGAAAGCGCUGAAAUACAAAGCAAUGGCCGGCAUAUAUGCGUAAUAAAUAGGCCUGGAAAAGGGGAGCGCGCAUGACAGCGUACGAGAAGUCGUAACGUCAAGGGUUAGCCAGCUAGUCGGACACUGCGAUUUGGCUGCGAACGGUAAAUUGUUGGAGAUGAGCCUAGCUAAUUGCGCAGAUAAGGUGUGCAACGUGUCUGCUUGGGGUUUUACUCUUCUGUGGUCUGUGUGGUACACAGUUACAUGGCCGCAUAGAGAGCGUGGGCUGCGUGGUGAUGUCAAUUCGCUUACUGAUUUCUGACCUCGUGGCGUCGGAAUUGUUCAAGUACAAUUUGUUUGAUGAAGUUCUUGAACAUGGCGUGGGCGCUUGUAUAGCCCCGACAAACCCUAGCGAUACGUGGAAAUUAAAUUGCUAUCGACCAACUUUCCGACAAACUCUCCCAUCCAACCAUUGUCAGACCAAGCAGCCCUUUUAUCGUGGCGCAUCGCAAAUAUACAGCAAACGUUCAAACGUGCUUGCGCACAGCAUCCGAUUCAUCAACAGCGUCACAAUAUCCGCAUAUCCCAAGGAAAACUCUUUCCAGCAGUCGCCAGCUCCAGAUCACCGGGCACGGCCGCGUCCGCGCCCACGUCCACGCCCACGACCUCUCCCGACAGCUGUCCGGACCUUUGUCGGCCGUUGCUUUGGCUUGUCGAUGUCAACAAGGAGGGUGUCCAGGUUCAGACUGUCCGGCAAAAUGUAGUACCGAAUGUUGUUCCCCCGGACGCUAAGGUGGUCCAUGCUGACAGGGUUUUUUCCGCGUGGAGUUAACUUCACAGCUUUGAGGUGUGUGUUCAUAGCGAUGUCUACACCUGCAAUCGUCCCUUGGAUAACAGUUCCAUUCUUAAGCUCAAUUUGAACUGUCUCGUUCGCCAGCUUCAUUAGAAAACGCACAAGCUUCACCAUCUUCUCAGGCGGGCCUUCACGGCCCAAACGCUAAUACCGCCGCCUGCUGGGCUUUUCGGGAAGCGCACACUGAGAUCGCUAACUACUCCCCUAGUUUGGGGUAUUCAGGUCACGUCAACAAUUGAAAUGAAGCAGUUUGCAUUCACACGUAAGACUCAAUAUAGGAUGCGCGUUUCAAGUCCGUCAAGUCUGCGGAAGCAAAUAAAUUGUACGACGCUUUGUUGAGGCUUUGGUAUGCU